CUCUCAGAUACUAUACAUUUCUCUCCAAUAAUAUUCCCUCUGCACACCAACCCUCCUCUCUCUCUCUUAUAUACUCCAUAUAUAUAUAUAAAGCCUGCAGUCUGUCAUCAGCUGCGAUUCGGAGAAAUUAAGGAUAUAUAUAUAUAUUAAAGAAAUGUCGCAUCACAGCUGCUGCAACAAACAGAAAGUGAAGAGGGGGCUGUGGUCUCCCGAGGAAGAUGAGAAACUCAUCAACUACAUCUCCACCUACGGCCAUGGCUGCUGGAGCACUGUCCCAAGACUCGCAGGAUUACAAAGAUGUGGCAAAAGCUGCAGGCUGAGAUGGAUCAAUUACCUACGCCCUGAUCUCAAGAGAGGCAAUUUCACCCCACAAGAAGCUGCCCUCAUCAUCGAGCUCCACAGACUCUUGGGAAACAGAUGGGCUCAAAUAGCCAAGCAUCUUCCGGGAAGAACAGACAAUGAGGUCAAGAACUUUUGGAACUCGAGCAUCAAGAAGAAGAUCAUGGCCCAUCACAACAUGUCUUCUUCUGCAUUGAUCUCUUCUUCCAACCUCCAGCAUCCUAAUCUCAUCAUCCCAAAUCAUCCACAAAUCGACCAAAUUAUAAUCCCCAAUUCCCAGAUGGAGCAAUUAGGGUUCCAAAUUGAUCCCAAUUUGACGACCUACGCCCCCAAUUUAGCCCUAAUUCAUCACACUUCAGCCCAUAAUAAUUCACUCGAUUCAUCGGUUUCCGAUCUUCAAUCGUGGAGUAGUCAAGCUCUGAAACAAGAUAACGGCGCCGUGCUCGGAUACGACGGCGGUUACGAUCAGGAUUCGGCCUUGCUCGACGCUUUGAUGCCGGAGCUCGCUGAAAUGGCCAAAGGGCUUGAGUUUGGGGUUUCUGCAAAUGCUGCUGCUGCUUCGCAAAUUGAAGAUGGGCUUGAUUCGGGCUUCGGGCCUCUCCACCCCAACCAUAUCAAGAACAUAUCGUCGCUCAUGGCGUCGUUCGUGCCCCCACCGCUCCCCGCCGCCGCGUCGCUGCCGCCGGUGACGUACCUGCCUCCGCUUCCCGGCUCUUUCGUGAGUCCUUCGAGCUGGGGAAUCAACCAUGGUGAUUGAUUGAUUGAUUGAAGCUUAGAGGAAUUAUUUAACUUGCGUUGAUGGUUAUGAUUGUGUUGAAUUCUUCUAUUGAGUAAUUGUAAUCUUCUGCAAGAAAAAUUCGUAAUUUAAUAUUCAUAAUGUAUGUAAAUUAAUUAUGUGUUGCAUUAAGAUUUUAUAUUCUGCA